CUUGCGUAUACAAUAUAUAUUUUUUUUAAUUAUCUACUAUUUUCACUUGUAGUUCAAGAUCAUUCGAAUUUAAUAUGGAUAAAAGAAGCUAUUAUUGACCCAACAUGGAGUUUUAAGGGAAAAUUUAAGAUGAUAGUGCUAGACAAGAAUGGGCACCGGAUCUUCCCACACAAAGCCUUCUUCGGACCAAGCCUCCAGGAACGCCACUUCGCCCAAGAGUACCGAAGAGACGAGGAAGUUCCAGGACGAGUCCUGGAGGUCUCGCAGCGUCGGCAAGGAGAUCAACUACUCCGUUAGCGGGCGAGGGGAUGCUGUCAGCGUAGUGAGGAGUAUCAAGUCGACCAGCUGCGGCGACAGCCCUCCUUCGCAGCACACCCAAGCUGUCAGGCCCAACUCACAGAUCCGAGGAAUCCCCUGUAUUGAUGUCGUCAACACAGACAUGCCGCAGGAGAGGCAAGAAUUCGCUAUAGAAAUAAUGAUGAAAGCUGUUCGAAACGUCAGAAUGUUUAGGGACGUAGCAGAAGUCGUGAAGAAGGAAAUGGAUAUCAAAUUCGGAUCUGCUUGGCAAUGUGUUGUUGGUCGCGAGUUCGGCAUAAAUAUAUCACAUAUGUACGGAUACUUUCUGUUCGUGACGUUGGAUAGCCUGGCCAUUCUCCUGUAUAAAACGGACUAAAUAUAUUUGUUGACAUUAUGUAAAAUAUAAAAAUUAAUACUU